GGCUGCACAACUCUACAACUUUACUAAAAUCACUGAUUUAUAUAUUUGCAAUGGGUUAAUUUUAUAGUAUGUAAUAAAUAAAGCUAUUUUUAAAAAUAGAGAAAUGUUCUCCAUAGUUGAAUCAUUUAAAAACAAAAAACACCCACAACUACAGAAAUUUAAAAUUGGAUUUUGAACCUGUAUCUCCUAGAAGGUUUUAGGUUUGUGGUUCAAUGGAUUUCAACAGAAGUUUGUAUUAAAAUGCUUUAAAAAAAAAAAAAGACUUUCAGUAAUGCCUCCUUACAGCAUCCUAGAUCUGUAACCCUAGAUCCUAGAUCUCUUUUCCUUUAUGCCUUUUUUUGGUAUGUAGUUUAUUGAGUAACUUUCUUUAACUACUGAAAGGUAGUAUUUAUAAUGAUCAAACUUGUGUUUAGUAUAUUAAUCUUUAUACUCAAUUGUUCCUUCUUUAUGUAAUCAACUGAAUCUCUUUAUUUGCUAUGUAUUUUUAAAAAUAAGUUGAAAUUUUGAGUCAAGACUACUUAAAGGAUCUCAUUAUUCUAGUAACUUUGUAAGUCUUGCUAUAAAUCUAGAUUUUUACAUAUCAAAUCUCCCUAAAAUAAGAGUUGUUAAAGUCCUGUAAUUUUUUUCUUUGAAAUCCUAAUUCUUCUCCAGUGCUGCUUCUUUUGACAAACUUUCAACUAACUAGUGGAAAUUAUUGUUAUGGAGAGUAUACCAAACACAUACUUGUUUUUGGAUUGCAAAUUGGUUGGUUGGUUUUUAAAUAAUAGCAGUCUUGCUACACAGCAUGGGCAAAUGUUGAUUCCAGAGUAUAUUCCUUAUCAUGAAAAGUGAUGAUGGUGUCUAGAAAAUAUUUUGGAGAACAGAGGAAUCCAGUUGAAUAUUAAAAUUUUCCAUGAGCACUCAAAAUGUAUGUAAUAAAGAGUUGACUGUAUAGUUGAUAACAUGCCUGUUAUAAUUCAGGUGCUAGGCAAUCAAGUGAUACUUACAUAAUAAUUCAUGUUAUAUUGUUAUGAAUAUUGGUAUGAUUUUCUCAGUCAUUGUAGUAGCCUUGUACUUAAUCUGAGCGAUGUAUGUACUUGACUGUUUAGUGUCAAGGAAAACCUCAAAGCUCCAUUGUCAGCUUUGAUAAAUGUCACUUCAGACUGUGUGAAUCUUCUCAGAGCCUCUGUAAUCCUGACUGAGUUACCAUUUUUGGCAGAGAAGAGAAGAGGUUUUAAGGAAAAGCCAAACCCAUAGUGUAAUAACUUAAAAUGUUGUUCUUUCUUUUCAUGAAUUUAUUAUGAGUCCAAAAUAUUUAGAUUUUGUCUUGUAGAGAGUUAGAUUGGGCAAGCUAAUGUACUCAACUCGUUCUUAAACUAUUAUACUCUAUUAUAUUUGUGGGAUAAAAGAUGAAAUGAUUGAAGUAAUUUAAGCAUUGGUUCAGUCACAUUGGUCAUGACCUUGAGCUAUAUACAUAACUUGUCAUUUAUAAAACUCUGUCACUAUCUUUUUUUAACAUUUGGAGUUAAAACUGUACCACUAAAAAUUAUAAAAAGAAGUUUUGUGUGAGCUGCAUGUUAAAACUCCUUGUCCUGCUUAUACUUGUCAUUCUCUUUCUGAAAGGAACAUCCUAACUGCUAUUUGGAUGUAUCAUUCAAUACAUAUUUUAACAGUUUUUCAGAUUAUUAAAUUUUUCUUAGUCUCUCAGAUUUUUAUUCAUGGAUGAAGGUAAAAAUUUAAACAUCAAUUGAGACUGUUGGAUGAAAAAGAAUAUAUAUAUAUGUUUGUUUUGAAAUUUUAAUUUUUAUUCCAGUUAACAUACACUGUUAUAUUAGAUUUUGGUGUACAAUACAGUGAUUCAAUACUUCCAUACUAUAUGUGUACUUUUUAAUGGAAGAAGCCAAAUAGAAUAAAACAUACAAAACUAAAUCUCUUUGAAAGCAUGCUGAGUGAUUCCAGUAUAAUUUUUUAUUAUUAAAUCUCUCAUGUAUGUGUAUGUAUGAUUGUACUUUAUAUAGCUUUUGCCUCUUCUCUAUCCCGACAUUCAAGAUCCCUUUCAAAGUUUAAACACACUUUAAGAAUUAGUUUAUUCUCUAGUCAAUAAACACGAGUGCCAUCAUUUUCAGCCCUGUAUAUGUGAGCAAUGCAAAAAUGAAUAGAAUGUAUUUCCUGCCCUCAAAUUACUCACUGUUUGAAGAUAUUGGAAUCUCUUAAUCUCUUGAAUUUAUCACAUUUAAAAAUUUUUAGAUUCUAUUCCUCCUUGUUUCCUUGGUCAGGAAUGCCCGUAAGGCUCAUUCAGAAACUUUGCUACUACUAUAAUGAUAUAAAUCCUUGUCAGUAUUGAUCCUUUAAAAGACCACUAUACUAAUGUUUGAUGGGUCUUUAACAGAAACUGUCUUUAGUAUAUAGCAGAAAAUGCAGCCUCAAAAGUAUAAUUGUUUGUGAACUACAUAUUACUUAGUUGAAUCUUAAAGAACAGGGUCAAAAGGUCACUAUCUCAGAGUCUGAAGCAAGUUGUGCACAACAGACAGAAAUAACCAGUCCAAAGGACUUACAGAGUGUUUAUAGCUCUUGAUGUUAGUCUUCUUUCUACAUAGUGUUGAAAUUAAUGCUAUCACAGGAUAUGCCUAAACAAUUUUGUUAGCUAGAAUAGGGUAACAGUUUAAAGAAACAUUUUUCAUAAUGUGUCCUAAUAAAAUUUUUUCCCCUUUCUGCCACAGAGAGUUCUAUUUUAAUUCUUAAAGUAAAAGAUGAUCUAAAAUGAAGCUAGUUAGUAUGAAUAUGGUAUUUUAUAUUAUUGAUUAUGCUCUAUAAUGAUACUUAAAGAUUUAAGUUAUGCAUUUUGCAUCUAUUACCAAAGACCUUUCAAUUGUCGUCUUUUGAAAACUUACAUACGUCAGGUUAUCAAACCAGUGGUUUAUGAAACAAGAGGUUCCUGACUUUAUUUUCUUAUUUAUGUAUAGAACAAAGAUUCAGGAAUAAAUUGUCACUAAAGAUGGGGAUGUGGAGGAAGAAUUUGAAAGCUAAACAUUUAACUUAGGAUGGAAUGAUCAAAAGUUAGGUAACUGUUCUGUAUUUAGUUACAAUGGCAUUUCUGGCCAAUCUUAAUAAAUUAUAACCUAAGGUGGCCAAAAUCUUAAUUAGGGAUACAACUUUGAAAGUUUAACUUUUGAGAGUUGCAAGCUUUUUUCUAAUCAUGUUUAUUUGUUCAUUUAGGGUUGAAAGGAGGAGCAGGAGGUACUGAUGGACAAGGAGGUACCUUCCGGUACACCUUUCACGGUGACCCUCAUGCCACAUUUGCAGCAUUCUUUGGAGGUUCCAAUCCCUUUGAAAUUUUCUUUGGAAGACGGAUGCCUGGUGGUAGAGAUUCUGAUGAAAUGGAAGUAGAUGGAGAUCCUUUUACUGCCUUUGGAUUCAGCAUGAAUGGAUAUCCGAGAGACAGGAAUUCUGUGGGACCAUCCCGCAUUAAACAAGAUCCUCCAGUUAUUCAUGAACUUAGAGUAUCACUUGAAGAAAUAUAUAGUGGUUGUACCAAACGGAUGAAGAUUUCUCGAAAAAGGUUAAAUCCUGAUGGAAGGAGUUAUAGAUCUGAGGACAAAAUUCUCACCAUCGAGAUUAAGAAAGGGUGGAAAGAAGGCACCAAAAUUACUUUUCCAAGGGAAGGAGAUGAAACGCCAACUAGUAUUCCAGCAGACAUUGUUUUUAUCAUUAAAGAUAAAGAUCACCCAAAAUUUAAAAGGGAUGGAUCAAAUAUAAUUUACACUGCUAAAAUUACUUUACGAGAGGCAUUGUGUGGCUGCUCAAUUAACGUGCCAACAAUGGAUGGAAGAACCAUACCUAUGUCAAUAAAUGAUAUUGUGAAACCUGGAAUGAGGAGAAGAAUUAUUGGAUACGGGCUGCCAUUUCCAAAAAAUCCUGACCAGCGUGGUGACCUUCUAAUAGAAUUUGAGGUGUCCUUCCCAGAUACUAUAUCCUCAUCAUCCAAAGAAGUACUUAGGAAACAUCUUCCUGCCUCAUAGAAUGAAAAACUUUGUUACCCAUAUUUUGAUAAGGCACUGAAAAUAUAAAAGGACUGGCAGUUUACUGAUGUAGAUGUGAAUUCUGUAUAAAGAUGUGUAAAUUAUUUUGAGGAUUCAUUAAAUUGCAUGAAUAGAGACGGGUCAAAUAAAUAGGCAAAAGGGAUUUUUACAGUUAGAGAUGAAGAGAAAACCUAUUCACUGUAUUUUAUUUCAUUUCUCCCAAAUCAGAAAUUUUUAGUAUUUUGCUUCAUGUAAAAUUUGUUUUUGUGGAGUUAGUGGAUAUAUUUCUAGUAAAGUACUAGCCUAUCCUAAAGUACUUUAUUUCUUUUAUCUUUACAUUAUCAGUAUGAUAGGUUCUCAUUUAUAAUGGAAAUUUAAAUUCUUAACUAAAAUACACAUGUGAUAUGUAUUUCUAGAAAAUUAAAGCCCAAGUCAUUUGGAAAUGUGGUUGACUAGAUUUAAAUCUCCAUCUGAAAUGCUGCUAUAGGGCUGGUACCCGUAAAAGAAUAUACUAAUGCAUAUGUUUCACCAUUUUGAUUUUUAAAGUAUGCUGUAGCAUUUCUUAAUAACAUAGUUGUAAUGUUCUUAAGGCAGACAUUUUCAUCAUAAAAAGGAAAUUAAUGGCAAUUUAUCUCCUGUGGAAAUCCCAAUUGCCUGAAUUACUGAUAUUUUAGAAAUAGGCUGUUUUUAAAAUGCCAUAUGUAAUUUUAUGCAAGUUGACUAUAUAUCUUGGACUUAAUAAAUUAUAGGCACAUUUUAUUGUCCACUAGUUUAAAAUAAUUUGUUUAAUAAUAAAUGUGUUUUUAGAGGAAAUAUUGUUACUUGGAAUUAAUUUUCCAAUUAUACAGUCUUCUAUAACUUACUGAUAAUAUGCUAUAUGUACCUUAUGCAAUUUCCCUAAAAAGAAUAAAGUACCACUAUGGUGUUAAGCCAAAAUAUGGGGAAAAUAAACACUAACUGCUGCUUAUGAA